AUCCAACUAAUCAAAUCACCUUCUUAGUUUACGCUGUAUAAACUCCUAGUUACUCCUUUCUCAAAUACACACAAAAAAACAAUCCGAUCAGCUUUAGAAUCCAAAUCUUCUCAAUGGGGAGCCAAAUGAAGAAGCAAUGGCUUCAAUUUGCUUGUGCUUUCGCAUUUUUCUUGAUUGCAACAUGCACUACGGCAUAUUCACCUUAUUCUGAUAAACCUCCAGUUCCAACAUACAGUAAAGUACCAACCACAGUAGCCAAAAGUGAUGAUUACAAGGUACCUUCAGUGCCUAAACAGGACUAUAAGGCACCAUCUUUGUCAAAGAAUGAUUACUACAAGAAGCCAUCAGUUCCAGAAGAUAACUACAAAAAAGUGUCAUCAGUGCCUAAACAGGAUUACAAGGCGGCAUCUUUGCCAAAGAAUGAUUACUACAAGAAACCAUCAGUUCCAGAAAAUAACUACAAGAAGGUACCCUCAUUGCCUAAAAUGGAAUACAAGGUGCCCUCAGUGCCUCAAUCGGAAUACAAGGCGCCAUCUUUGCCAAAGAGUGAUUACUAUAAAAAGCCAUCGGUUCCAGAAGAUAACUACAAGAAGGUACCAUCUGUUCCAAAAAGUAGCGACUACAAGGUUCCCUCAAUGCCUAGACAUGAAUACAAGUUGCCCUCAGUGCCUAAACAGGAAUACAAGGCACCAUCUUUACCAAAAAAUGAUUACUACAAAAAGCCAUCGGUUCCAGAAAAUAACUACAAGAAGGUACCAUCUGUUCCAAAAAGUAGUGAUUACAAGGUGCCCUCAAUACCUAUACAGGAAUACAAGGCUCCCUCAAUGCCUAAACCGGAAUAUAAGGUGCCAUCUUUGCUGAAAAACGACUACCACAAGAAGCCAUCAGUUCCAGAAGAUAACUACAAGAAGGUGCCAUCAGUUCCAAAAGCUAACAACUACAAGGUACCCUCAGUACCUAAAUCGGAAUACAAAGUUCCUUCUUUGCCAAAAAAUAACUACAACAAGAAACCAUCACCUUCUCCUCCACCACCUUACUAUUACACCCCCUCCUCCUUCUCCAUCACCACCUCCUCCAUAUUAUUAAAUUUUCAUCUUUCAUGAUCAACAUUUUUCAAGGAAGUCCUUCUCCAGCUCACAAUAUAUAAACCCAAGGGUUAUCAUAUUGCGAGUCGGAGGCAUGCUAUCAAAAGUUGUAAUUCUUUAAUGUUACGUUGUUUCCUAUUCCUUCUUCGGUUUGCAUUUAGAUUCUAUUUUUGAAUGUUUCAGAGAAUUGUUUCAAUUGAAUACAAGUUCCUUUUAUUGAGAAUU